AUGUCUCAAAGUAAAAUAGAUCAAGCAUUCAAUUCUUUCCAAAAACAAACAAAUGAAUUUGAAAACCUCAAACUAAAUAUGGAAGAAUUUAUAAAUGAUUUAGAUUUAAAAUUAUCAAAUAAACAAAUUUCAUAUUUAAAUCAACAACAACAAUUUAAAACAAAUUUACAAGAAUUAAAUAAAAUAGUGAAAAGUUUACAAAAUGAAAUUAAUCAAUUGAAUGAAAAAGAAUUAAAUACAACUAACAAAUUAAAUGAUAGUUUAAAAAAUUUACAAUUAUCAAAUUCCAAAAUUGAAGAAUUACAAUUACAAAAAACGAAAUUGUUAGAUCAAAAACAGAAUUUAGAGAAUCAGAUUGAUAAUUUAAGAUUUCAAAUAAAACAAGGAGAAAAUCAACUCGAAAAGACUCAUAAAAUAUUUGAAAAUCAAUUUAAAUUAAAUUUAAUAGAAUUAUCAAAAUAUGAAUUAUAUACUGGUUUAAAAAUAAAACCUCAACAAAAUAAUGAAAUUACAUUUAGUUUUUUUAAUUUAAAUUCUAAAAAUAUUGAUGAAGAAUAUUCUAUAAAAUUAGAUAUAAAUGAUGAUAAUUAUAAAUAUUUAGAAACAUCACCAAAUUUAUCCAAAGAAUUGGUUGAUGAAUUAAUAGUUCAAUUAAAUCAACAUCAAAAAUUGAUUAAACUCUUGAAAGAGAUAAGAAAUUUAUUUAAAAAUUACAUUGAUGAAGAGAAUAAAAUUCGUUGA